UCUAAAUAUCCGGUCGAAAAUAUCCAGUCCAAAAUAUCCAGUUAAAAAUAUCCAAUUCGAAAAUAUCCGAUUGUAAAAAACCCAAUAGCAAAUAUAUCCGCGAACAUUGGAUCUGUUUGUAGAUCCAAGAAGGUGGAUUGGAGUUCAAAAUAAAUUUGUCUAAUUUUUGUAUUGGAUUUGAUAGCAUUUGGAUAUUUGUGUUUUGGAUAUUAUUGUUUUGGACAUUUUUCAUUGGAGAUUUUUGUUUGGGUAUUUUCGACUGGAUAUUUAGACGUGGAACCCUUUAAUGAAGUUUAUUUUACGUUGAUAUUAUUAUAACCAAAACGCAAUACAACACUAUAAAUUUUGCAUUUGAAAGGCACAAUGAUUUUAUUUUUAUGUUGAUUUGCUCAAUAUUUAACUUCCGAUUAAAAUGGAGUGACCCGGAUGAGCGUGAGAAUUCCGAAGUGAUGUUGUACGUUCACUUGGUGCUAUUCAACUGAUUUGGCUACUUCAAUCUUCCGCAUCUUGAGGAAGCCUUGUCCCACUUUUGGGGGUGUUGGACAAAGGAAAAGGUUAGUCAUAAAAAUGCAUGCUUGUGUCGGAGAAAGUAUCGCCAACCUUGUCUAGCAAAAUGUGAAAAUUUAGAGUCAUAAGGCACGGCUAGCAAGGGUUAGGUGGCAGAGAGUAUUGAGAGAAUUUUUUUAUUAUAAGGAGCUAUGGAUGGGAGUGAAGUAUGGGACUGUAUUAACUUUUGAGAAUAAUUUUAAAGGAAGUGGCCUCGUUGAACGAGGAAUUUUCUGAAUGAAAGCUCCAUGGGGUUUUCCCCAACAGAUGUCAAAAAAAAAUGUUUUUCUCCAUCCGCUCAUCCAAGUCACUCAACGAUCAAAAAUAUAUAAUGCAAACAACCUCGUCCUUUCUCGUGACUAAGGACAAAACACACAUUGCUUCCACUCUGGGUCUCCAUGACUGGAUCUCCAACCCUAGAUCUACCUUGUCUCCAUAAUCAGAAUGGACAUUCCUCACCUGGGUCAAUAGAUUUCACACCAAUCGUCGGCGGUCAGUAUGCGAGACCUGGACAAUUUCCCUGGAUGGCGAUAGUACAUCAAUUAUAUAUGUCUGGGGGAUAUGGCAGCUGUGGUGGCAGCAUCAUAUCAGAGAGGUGGGUGCUCACCGCUGCCCAUUGUGUAACCGAUGGUCCAAGACGGUACCUCGUAGUUCUGGGAGAGACUGACCAGCAAAAAGUUAGGGGUCAGACUUAUCUCGGCCAGGGAGUCGCGAUGAUGACAUCAACUGUUGUGGUCCAUCCCCAGUACGCCCAGGAUAUCAACGAUAUUGCUUUACUCUACAUGCCACGGACUAUUCCAUUUGGACAAAAUAUCAACAAAAUCGGACUAUCAGGAAGAAGUUAUACCGAGGAAACGUUGGUUGGAAAAAGGGCCCUGAUUAUGGGAUGGGGUAACACCGGACAACACCGCUCAUCGCGAGACUUGCAAUGGGCACAAAUUCCAAUAUUGAGCGGCUAUGAGUGCUUCCGGGACUGGCUUCAAACGGGCCCAAGUCAUAUUUGCACUCAACCAAUGACGGGAGCUGAUGCAUGCAUAGGAGACAGUGGUGGUCCACUUGUGAUUGCCACCAACAAAGGCACAAUGCAAAUUGGAAUUGUCAGUUUCGGUGAUGAUUAUUGUCCGAGCUCGAGAGCUGGGGUUUUCACCCGGGUUUCCUCGUUCAUAGAAUGGAUACAACAAGUUACAGCGCAAUGAUCUUGACUCCCAGAGUCACCUAUAAGAUAAGACAAAUAAUCUAAAAGAAAUUAUCAGCUUCUGACACUGCGACAAAUAUUAAAUAAGGAAAAUCACUAAAUAAAUGAGAAAAUAAUUAAUCGAAAAAUUCAAUUAUAAAUAAUUUAAUAAAUCGCUGACCUGUUUAUUCGAUAA